UUGGAAUUAGUUUCUGUAUAUUCAGAUUGAAGAACAAAAACUAAAAACUUAAUAAAUUAACGUAAACAGAGUGUUUUAAGAGAUAUGUGAAUUAGUUUUCUUUAAGAUUUUUAUUUGUACAUAUUUAUUUUUCAUUUAAAAGUGCAAAAAUGAUGCAACAGUAUAUGGAAGAGCUCGAACUUGAACCGUUCGAUGCCAAUGACUUUGUUGAGCGUUUAACUUGGCGAGCAAAUAAUGAAGUGGGAUCAUCUCAAUUUGAUCCCGAAAUUCUUCAUGAAACAUUUGUUAAUACUAUUAAAGAUUUGAAAAUUUUGCAAGAAAAGCAACAACGCAAGUGUGAAAGAAUUGAAGAAUCUUUAAAAGAAGAGCAAAAAGUUCAUGCCAGAAGUGUAAGCAAAUUACAAGAGCGACAUCAGACUUCUGUAGAAUGGUUUCACCAGUUAGAUGAAAAAAUUAAUUCCGUAGCUGGAAAGAUUAUUCAUUUGGGAGAACAACUUGAAAAUGUCAACACACCACGCAGUAGAACGGUUGAAGCACAAAAAUUAUUAAAUCACAUGUCAGAAUUUUUGAUGCCGGGCCCGAUAGUUAACGAUUUAUUUACUGAUCCGUCAAGACUUUAUGAAGCAGCCGAUGUUAUACAAAAAUUAUAUACAAUAUCUCAAGACUUACCAGCAAGUAAAUUUGAAGAGGCCAAAAGGAAAAUUGAGAGAAAAUAUGAUGAAAUCGAAAGAGGUUUAAUAGAAGAAUUUGCAACAGCUCAAAAAGCGAAGGACAUUGAAAAGAUGAAAAAAAUUGCUAUAAUAUUAUUAAAUUUUAAGGGAUACUCGCAAUGUAUUAAUGCGUAUAUAGAACAAAGCCAAAUGACCCAGUAUGGUGGAAAAGAUAUUUUUUUCGGUAUUGUGCCUAUGUGUGAGGAGCAUAACGAAAUUAUUAAAAAGGUUUUUCUAAGUCCAGAUCAAGUAAUGGCAAAGUUUAUAUUGAAUAUUUAUCAAUUAAAAUUAAAUGAAUAUGCAAGAAUGAAACUGGAGGAUAAAAAAGAUGAUGAAAAAUAUUUGAAAACAUUGCACGAAAUGUAUUCAAGAACUGUGAAAUUGUCAACAGAUUUACAAAAAUAUAUGCCAAGUUCAGAUGAUGAUCUACUUACAAAACUAACUGCAAAUAUUUUUGCAAAAGAUAUUGCAAUUUACCUUGAAACCGAAACGCGUUGUUUAAAAAAUAAGUGUACAAACGAAUUGGAAAAAUAUUACAACAGUAAAAAACAUCAAAAAAAGCAAACAGAAAGAUUUCAAGAUUUAAAACGAGAAGUACAAGCAUCGUUAAGUAAUCGUCUGAACAUAAAUAUUGCGCAGGUUGAAGACUACGGAGGAGAGACAUUUCUCUCUGAGGAACUCGCUAUAAAUUUACUUCAACAAACUAAAACCUCAUUGAAACGUUGUAGAAUUCUUUCGAAAGAAAACGAUUUAGCUGGAAAUGUGAUAAAAAUAGCUGAUAUUUUAUUAUUGUAUUUGAUGCAUGAACAUGUAAAUUAUGCUUUAGAAUUAGGAUUACAAGCUAUACCAUUGGGUGAAAGCAAAGUUUUUCCUCAAAUAUACUUUUUUGAUGUUAUACAAAAAUCGAACACUAUUGUUCAUUUAUUGGAGAACUUAUACACAGCUAGCAUAGUUCCCUGUGUCAAAAAUACCACUAAAUUAGCUGACUGUUUACAAAAGAAACGUCUAAUGUUAGAACAAAUUGAAAAUAAAUUAGACACAGGUUUAGAUCGCGUUUUGAAUUCCAUUAUAGGCUGGGUAAAAAUUUACUUGCAAACUGAACAGAAAAAAACAGACUACAAACCUGAAAAUGAUGUGGACACAUUGUCAUCUCAAGUUUGUUUGCAUGUUGUGCAGACUUUACAACCCGCUGUUAAACAGAUCAAAAAAUGUUUGGAUGGAGAAAAUUUGCAAACUGUUUUGACUGAAUUUGGGAUACGUUUACAUCGUGUUAUUUAUGAACAUCUACAAAGCUUACAAUUUAACAUUGUUGGUGCUAUGUGCGUAAUAUGUGAUGUAAAUGAGUAUCGCAAACUAGCAAGAGAACUGAACAGUUCACUUGUUACACAACUUUUUGAUACACUCCACGCUCUCUGUAACUUACUUUUAGUCAAACCAGAAAAUAUAUUAGAAGCGUGUACCGGAGAUACACUGAAUAAUUUGGAUAAGUCUGUUAUACGUCAAUUUAUUCAACUAAGGGGCGAUUUUCGUGCAAUCAAGACUGCAAAUUAUUUGAAAGGCAUAAUAGAAUAGAUUUUAUUAAACAAAAAUCGAUAUUUUUCCUCAGAUGGUGAGAUUUAUUAUUCAAAGCUUUUUACACAACAUUAUAUAAAAUUUUCAAAAACUAGGGUAUUUAAAACUUAUAUAUAUAUACUUACAUUAAUAUAAA